AUGACAACAAUUGAUGAUAUAUCAACAACUAAAAACAGUGCUUGCCUUCCUUCUAGUAAAAGGAAUUUCGUUGUUCCUCAGCAGCUAUGGGAAGCAAAUGAAUUGUUAAUGUCAAUUAAUAGAAGAUUGGAAGAUUGUGCUUUAGAAUGGCAGGCGGAGAUUUCGCGCAAACAAUGGAAAAUUUUUAAUUCUAAUGUCAUUGGAAUAACUUUAUCUGAACGAUCUCUAUUAUCAAGAACAUAUUUUACUGAGAAAAAUCUUGACGAAACUUUUCAACAUUUACUUUCUUGUAAUAAAAUCUUUUCAGAAUAUUUAAAAAAUUUCAUUGAUCUUUUACAAGAUGAAGUAUCUGUUUCAAAUAUCAAAGAAACACGUGAUGUACAAAAUCAAUCUUAUAAUAUACAAACAAAUUGCAAAGUAUUAAAUAUUGCUAAUACAGAAACAAUGCAAUUUUCUUGUUUAAACAAUCAACAUUUAAAUGGAGAAGGAAGAAUUCAAGAUUAUAUUGAUAACAUAUUAACAAUUCAAAAUUCAUUUACUGAUGUGAUAAAAGCUAAACUUAAUUUUGAUACAAAAUUUUUAGGUUUUGAAGCUAUAUUACAUAAAGCUACGUCUACAUCAGCUGAUACAGUUUGUCUUUGUCAAUAUUGUUCUAAUAUUAUGCAGACUAAAACUCAUGGUACAAAUAGAAAAUUAAGAAGUGUAACUGUUAAUCAAAGAAAUCGAACACUUACCAAAACUAAGCGUUUAACAUUAUUUAAAAAAAGAAAAAGAGAAAAAUCAUCUAUAAUAGUUGAUGAAGUCAAUGAUCAACCAUUACCUGGACCAGAUACAAAUUUUUGUUAA